CGUACUUCAUUCAUUUUCCUCGAAUGUUUAUUAUUUACGAAGGCAGAGACGACAAGUUACAGCGGGAGAAACAACUUCCGGGUUGGGAACAGAAAAGCAGGUCAAAGCCGUCGAAGCAUCCGGUGCUCGGGAGAAUCUCAUCUAUGAGUUUGUUUCCUGACCCGCGCAUUCUGAACCACAUGUCAACUUAAUCCACUUCCCUUCAUUGGGGAUUUUCUGUCUGCUGUGAAAGGCUUAUCUUCGGUUGGAUAAGAGCAACUGGAACCUGCAGCCAAGAACAAGCCUACAUCUCCAGGGAGAAAAGGGAUUAUUUGCUGGACUGCCAAGGAGUGACAGUCUAUGGAAAAUGAACCGCUAUGUCAUGCUCAAACAACUGGGGGACGGUACCUAUGGAAGUGUGCUCCUAGGCAGGAGCAAUGAAACCGGGGAGCUGGUUGCCAUAAAAAGGAUGAAGAGGAAAUUUUACUCUUGGGAAGAGUGCAUGAAUCUGAGGGAGUUAAAGUCACUGAAGAAACUGAAUCAUCCCAAUGUAAUAAAACUGAAGGAGGUCAUAAGGGAAAAUGAUCAUCUCUUCUUUGUUUUUGAAUAUAUGAAAGAAAACCUCUACCAGCUCAUGAAUGAUAGGAACUGCGCAAUGUUUUCUGAAAACGAGAUAAGGAACAUCAUGUUUCAAGUGCUUUCCGGCUUAGCGUUUAUGCAUAAACAUGGCUAUUUCCACCGUGACAUGAAACCGGAGAAUUUACUCUGCAUGGGCCCGGAGUUGGUUAAGAUUGCAGAUUUUGGACUUGCCAGAGAAAUUCGCUCCCAGCCACCAUACACUGAUUAUGUGUCCACCAGAUGGUACAGAGCUCCAGAGAUUUUGCUCAAGUUCACCUCAUACAGCUCACCCAUUGACAUCUGGGCAUUAGGGUGCAUCAUGGCAGAGUUGUACGCUCUUCGACCAUUGUUUCCCGGCAACAGUGAGGUGGAUCAGAUCUUUAAGAUUUGUCAAGUGCUGGGGACUUUGAAAAAGGCAGAAUGGUCUGAAGGCUACACUUUAGCCACUCGAAUCAACUUCCGCUUCCCAAAAUGUGUCCCGACCUGCCUCAGCUCUCUGAUUCCCAACGCCAGCGAAGAAGCAAUCACAUUGAUGAAAGACAUGCUGCAAUGGGAUCCGAAGAAAAGGCCAAGUGCUGCUCAGGCUCUGCGGUAUCCAUAUUUCUAUGUGGGCCAGGUACUUGGAGGCCCACUCAAGUAUUCAAAGCAGAACAAUGUCCAGGCAAUGACAGCCCAAGGAGCCGUGGAAGCAAAAGCUUUGUCUCUGUGUAAGACAAGCAAGUUGGAGCCCAGAAAGACCCAAUUAGAGUCUCAAAUCUGCAGCCAGCCUCUCCACCCGCCCCUUCAGCCUAUCCAACUGUGCCAGCAGCCAGACGCACAACAACAAAUGUGUCCGAGCAUAAUGUCAGAAGAACAGCAGGAACCUCUCAGCUUGGUUAAAAACAGGCAGUCGAUGCCGACUACGAAAGUAGCUGCCGCAGGGACAGAGAACAGUGUUACCAGGGUGAGGGCUGGACGAAGACGAUGGGGCCAGACGUCUAUCAAGUCAAGCACCAGUUGGGACAUUGCUGAUGAUGCCGACAUUGGAGUGUCCAUCUCCAAAAAACCAACAAUUAAUUCUUUGAGGGAUGGAACCAUUGAUGUUGCCAGCAGUUGUUUUCCAGAGUCCAAGACGUCGCCGCCAUUAAAACAAACAAGCAGGAAUAGAUUGGACAGAGGUGAUUCCGCAACACUGUCACCUAAGCAACAUUAUCUGCGGCAGUCCAGAUAUCUACCAGGCAUUGAUCCAAAGAGUAACUCAUCGACCGGGAAACAAGGAGUCAGCACAACCCUGCGGCACAUCCUGGGUUUAGCUCAAGAUCAAGAAGGGGACCUGCCUAUUAUUAAAGACUCCUUGAUGUCCAAGACAAAAAUUUCACCUGGUGAGAAGUCAGAAACUAGAGAUGCUAAACUGAUAACCCCACUGACUCCGAUAGGAGGCACCUGUGCUAUUGAUUUGUCAACCCCUGCUGACCUCAGGAUUGACUCAAAAAUCAAACUGUCCAAGAAUGUGAUCUUCUCUCAUCAAGAGAUUCAGAGAGACCACAAUGUCUUCAGAUCUCCUCAAGUCCCUUGUCCAAAUGCAGGCUUCACAGGAAUAAAUACGCUCUCCAGAAAGACAAACAUCCCACCAGUGCAUGGACGAGUGGACUGGACUGCUAAAUAUGGAGGCAAUCGGUAGAAUAGGGUUGACUCAUGUACAGGACUGAAUGUUACUUGAGUUGGGUUUAAAUAUUGUCAAUCACAGCGAUAUACUUUUGCAAAGCAGUUCAAAGUGUGUCUGCAGCAGUAACUUGUUAGUGUAGUGUGACCAGGGCCGGCUUUCCCGACAGGCGAACUGGGACGCCAUCCUAUGGAGGGGGUGCCAAAAUGCAGAAUGUAAAAAAAAAUAUUCCAAAAAAUAAAUUAAUAAUAACAAAAAUACAUAAAUAAAAAUAUAUGUAUAAUGCACACUCUGUACACUUACCGUAUUUUCCAGACCAUAGGGCGCACCGGAUUAUAAGGCGCAUUAAAGGAGUCAUA